ACAACACGUGGAUUAGGGUUAAAUUGAGUAACCCUUUCUUAUUUACUGCCUCCUUCUUUCAUUUUGCUCUCAGUUUUUUCAUUUCCUCAUAUCUUUUCUCUCUGAAUUUAUUUUCUCUCUGAGUUCAUUUUCAUGGCGGAAGAAACGUUUGAUGGUGUAAUUCCAGUUACUGAGAACAGCAACUGCAAGUGCGGGAAAAAGGCAAAAUUGUUGGUUUCUUGGUCUGAAAAGAAUCCAGGCCGUCGAUUUUUCCGUUGCGAGGGGAAGCAGUGCUCUUAUUUUAUGUGGUAUGACGAAGAGUAUGCUCACCACAUCAAGACCAUGUUGAAUCAUCUGAAACGUCAAGAAUCUGUCUUGACUAAGGAGACAGAGUACUUGAGGGGUGAGGUUUUCCGCCUGAAAUACUUGAUGGAUCAUGCCAGUACUCUGGAUGCCAUUGAUAUGGAGAAGAAGCUGAAGGAACUGAAAGAUGACAAAGGUAGCUUGGAGGGCAAAGUGAAUGAUCUGAAUAUGGAGCUGAAAAUGGAGCUGAACAAGAAACUGGUGGAGAUGCAGCAGUAUGAGAAAGAGAUCAAGGAUGUGAAGAAGCACAAGGAAUUCUGCAACUACAUUGCCAUUGUUGUGAUUGUACUGUUGAUCAGUUAUGUUAUUAUGAACUAGUAGUAUUAGGUGUAGUUGGAGGUUAAGUAUGCACUAUAAUGUUUAAGUGCUAAUUUAUGUUAUCUUAUGUACUAAUGAUGGUGAAUUAAGUAAGUACUCUUUGUUUAAGUAAUGUUGGGAUGUUUUAAGUAAUGUAUUAAGUCAGAUAUUAUCUAUUGCAGUUGUUGUUAAUUUAUUUU